UUGGAGCUCUGAAAAUGAUGACGUUCUACAUGAAUUGCUGGCUAGGAGUGGUAGUGGAACUGUUUAGCCGGAAUGUCGGGCUAUAAACUGAAGGCUACUUGAAUAAUAUUGCAUUCGAAAGCAAUAAGAAGGUAUUUAAAUGAAUGACUAAUCGAAACGAUAUAGCAGUCUGACCUAUUGACGCCAAUUACCUAACCAGAGAAGGCGAUAGCAAAUAAGAGGAAAACAGCGCUAUAACGGACUGAAGCUAAAAGUGCGAUUGAAGCCAUUUUCUCCUCGUUGACCCCAAGCAGACGAGGAGCGUGGUAACGUGACAUAAUGAACGUGGGCACGGCACACAGCGAGGUGAACCCCAACACGCGGGUAAUGAACAGCCGGGGCAUCUGGCUCUCCUACCUCCUGGGCAUCGGCCUGCUGCAUGUCAUCCUGCUCAGCAUCCCCUUCGCCAGUGUGCCCGUGGUCUGGACCCUCACCAACCUCAUACACAACCUGUGCAUGUACCUGUUGUUACACUUGGUGAAAGGAACCCCGUUUGAAACUCCGGACCAGAGCAAGGCUCGCUUCUACACAUACUGGGAGCAGAUGGACUAUGGUGUACAGUUCACUGCCUCACGCAAGUUCCUCACCAUCACUCCUAUCGUCCUCUACAUCCUCACCAGCUUCUACACCAAGUAUGACCGGGCCCACUUUGUGGUCAACACGGUCUCCUUGAUGACCGUGCUCAUUCCCAAGCUCCCCCAGCUUCACGGAGUUCGGAUCUUUGGCAUUAACAAGUACUGAUGGGGCGGAAGAGGACACCGCCAUUCCGCCAUCUCCCUGUGGACUGUAAACACAGAGUAUCAGGCCCCGCCGCAUUGGCCCCCAGCCCAUAGGGAUCCAUGGCCCCUCUCUGGCUCACAGGGCUAUUGAGCACUCUGCUAAAUGAAACCUAUGGGCGAUAAACAACACAGAAUUGACUUACAGGGCUCGGCUGGGUCCGAGCUCCUAUGUGGUCCUAUUGAAGCUGUGCUGUAGUGUUUAUUUGUGGUUCCCUUUAUUUCCGUUUUAUUGAAUUCACAGAGAACACUGCAAGUGACGCCUUUGAGGACAUACAGUAGUAUGAGAUGUAUUGAGAUUGAGUUACAAUGUGGAGAGGAGAAACCUCUGAGCAGUUUGAUCCUGAGAAAAGUGAGACUCAGACAUUUUGCACCCAGGGAGACAUUUUGGAAGUUAUGUCACUCAGUUAUGAUGCCCUCUAGAAUUUAUAACUCUACAUUUCUUUAGCAUCAAGGCUCAUCCUCUCUUUCUCUCAUAAGAGAGGACAGACUGCUAGAGAAAGGGUUAGCUAGGGAGUUGCUCUGACUGUUGCAGUGGUCAGACAGGAGGGACCACAGGGUUUAUAUUUAGCCCCCCUGACCACUCAGUCUGAGUUUGGAAAGUUUAAGCAACACUUAUUUUAUCUGAUCAUUUCCAUAUUUAGAUUGCCUUUCUCUGAUUUGAACCAGAGUAAACUUCUGUUCACAUUGCAGUCUGUAAUCUACAGUGCAGAGUAGACAUGCUCAGGCCCCAAAAGCUAAUUCCAGCUUUGUGAAUCUGUUGUAUUUACAUUUCAGUUGGGACCCUUAGGGCAGAAGAUGAAAAGCAGGUUAGGCGAUUCAUGUUGAUGGAAAACAUUUGUGCAUACAUAUGGCAUACUCUUAAGUCAGGGUUCUCCAACUGGCCCUUGGGUGGUUUUAUUUGUCCCCUCAAGUUUUCUGAGAUUUUCAUUGUAGGACAUAAAAGACUGUAGAAACACCAGGAAAUCAGCUCCAAGUGAUUUCAAUUUAAGAAAUCUGUUGCCAAGUAUUCCCACGCAUAGUUGAGAGACACGUGAAAUUAUUAUGUUUUAGUCAAACAUAUCUGUUUGGGCUUCUUGCGGUCAAUUUGCAGUCUACAAAUUAUUAGUAAUUAUGUUCCGGCCCCCGGACCAUCCGCUCAAGAACAAAUUGGCCCGCGGCUGAGUUUAGUUGAUGAUCCCUGUUCUAAGUAUUGUAUAUUCAACCAUACUAGAUUGUAGUGCAUGGGUAUGGGCUUAAAUACUUCCUUCAAACUGCAUGUAGAGACAUAAAAAUUGUAUCCAUGACUUCAUCUGACUCUGGGUAAGUAGAAAAUAGGGCUUGAUUGACAAAAUCUCAAACUAUCCCUUCAGUUGAUACAAAGGCUAUAAAUGGGUUAUGAAAUGUUGUAAUGUUUGUGUUUUAAUAAGGUACCGAGUACAGAUAGAUACCGGGAGUUUGCCACAUAGCAUGUAUUUCCACUCUUUGAGCAGAGUCAUCAUGGCAACAUGGCAACAACUACAACACGCGUCUUUAGAAAGGGGAAACGGGAACUGAGAACUACGCAGCACAAAGUGUUGUGUUCAGAACUCACAGUCACAGUUUACUCCGAGUGAAGAGAGGUUGUGAUAAUUGAGAUGAAAUGUUCGUUUGAAAUGAAUUUCCAGAGUCUUUCACACAGCUUUAGAUAACCUCCGACAGAAAUUUUGGCAACGAAAGGGAGAAAAGAACUUCGUGGAGCAUUUUCAUAUCCACAAAAUGCACUAUAAUCAAAUAUGAGUGGAUUUUAGUAAGUGCAGAGAAGAUUUAUUAAUUACACUUAUGAUUGACAGGCUUUCAAUGUACAACCAUUAGAGAUACUGCAUAUUGUUUUUUAUUAGUAGUAAAAACCAAAGUAUGUGAAUGGUAUAGAGUAUGUGCGCCUUCCUAGUUUGUUAGCACAGUAGGUAGCAAAGAACAUGAGUGUUUUUCAAUGUGUGUGAGGUCUGUUGCACAGUAGCAAUGUGACGUUUAUGUGUGAUCUGACUGGUACAGAGCACAGGACUUUAUUCAUUUGAUUGUGUAACAACAUUACAGUCUUAUGAAAUUGUAGGUACUCGCUUGAUAGUGGAUUAGGAAAAAUAUAGCUUAGGGCUUUUUUGCCACUUAAGUUCAGAAGGAGGAUGGACUAUUGUAAAUAUAUUUGACAAAUUAAAACCUAUAACGAUGA